AAGGGUCUGUUAUAUCUCUGAUCCUUGAGUACCUCUCUCACUGAGACGGACCACAGCAAGCAGAGGCUGGAAAAACAAAACACAAAAACACAAAAAAACCAAAACAAGGAAAGAGGAAGAAAACAGAAGCUGCUACUUAUGGAAGAUAUAAAGGAUUCUAAUGAAAACAGUUGCACCAGAAAUAUCCUGGUCAUCCUUGGCUUUUCCUGUGUCAUAUCCGUGAUAGUUUUGAUCGCUGUGGGGAUUUCCCAGAACAAACCAUUACCACAAAAUGUUAAGUAUGGAAUUGUGCUGGAUGCAGGCUCUUCUCACACAAGUUUGUACAUCUACAGCUGGCCAUCUGAAAAGGAGAAUGACACAGGGAUAGUUCAACAGAUAGAAGAAUGCCAAGUGGCCGGUCCUGGAAUCUCAAAAUAUGCUCAGAAAUUACAGGAAAUAGGUGACUACCUGGCUGAAUGCAUGGAAAAGACCAGGGACGUGAUUCCAGUGUCCAAGCACCAUGAGACACCUGUUUACCUGGGAGCCACAGCAGGCAUGCGGUUGCUCAGGAUGGAAAGUGAACAACUGGCAGACAGGGUCAUUGAUGCAGUGAUAAGGACCCUCAGCACCUACCCCUUUAACUUCCAGGGUGCCACGAUCAUCACUGGCCAAGAGGAAGGUGCCUAUGGCUGGAUUACAAUCAACUAUCUGCUUGGCAGUUUCUUUCAGAACUCAGGUUGGUUCAGCGGGAUCUCAGAAAAGAUGAAUCAUGAGAAAACAUUUGGAGCUUUGGACCUUGGGGGCGCCUCUACACAAAUUACUUUUGUGCCUGAAAACCACACUAUGGAGUCCCCAGAAAACUCUCUGCAAUUUCGCCUGUAUGGCAAGGACUACUAUGUAUACACACAUAGCUUCUUGUGCUAUGGGAAGGAUCAAGCACUCUGGCAGAAACUGGCCAAGGACAUUCAGGUGUCAAGUGAUAGAAGCCUCAGGGACCCAUGCUUUCACACGGGGUAUAAGAAGGUUGUGAACGUAAGUGACCUUUACAAGACCCCUUGCACCAAGAAAUUUAAGAGGACUCUGCCAUUUGAUGAGUUUCAAAUCCAGGGUACUGGAAACUAUGAACAAUGCCAGCAAAGCAUUCUUGAGCUCUUCAACACUGGUGACUGCCCUUACUCUCAGUGUGCCUUCAAUGGGAUUUACUUGCCACCAAUCCAGGGAAAUUUUGAGGCAUUUUCAGCUUUCUACUUUGUGAUGAAUUUUUUUAACUUGACAUCAGAAAAGGUCUCUCAGGAAGAGGCAAUUAGGAAAAUAAGAAACUUCUGCUCUCAGCCUUGGAAUGAGGUGAGUUCAUCUUUUCCUGGAAUAAAGGAGAAGUACCUGAGUGAAUACUGUUUUUCUGGUACCUACAUCCUCUCCCUCCUUCUGCAUGGCUAUCAUUUCACAAGCAAGUCCUGGGAAAACAUUCGUUUUAUGGGCAAGAUUGACAAAUCCAGCGCCGGGUGGACAUUGGGCUACAUGCUGAACCUGACCAACAUGAUCCCAGCUGAACAGCCAUUCACCGCACCUCUCUACCACUCAACUUAUGUGUUCCUCAUGGUCCUCUUCUCCAUGAUAUUAGUCUCAGGGAUCAUUGCAACCUUGUUUAUAUGUAAGAAAUCGUCAUAUUUCCGGAGAGAAAUGGUAUAGCAGGAGCACCUGAAAUCUUCUGCCUGGACUCAGAACAAACCUGCCCAGGAAGCGCCUCCCUCCAUCCAGCAGUGUGUGGUGUCCAGCAGCCUCCUCCUGAGCCUGCCAGGGUGUCUUGACUAGCACAAAGCUUCCUUGGCUUCUGCUGAGGCAUUUCCUUGGGAGAUAAUUCACCACCCUCUGCCUCAAGAACUUCCUGACAGACGCUGUCUUUUAUGAGUCUUUCCCACCUACCAUAGUCCUCCUUUGUAUUGUGUGCUUGUGAAGGUCUUUGAGACCUGCCACUUUUCAUGAUUUUUGCUUUAUAAAAGAACAAUAUUGACUCAUGUCUGGAAGAACUGAGAGUCCUGAGUCCUAUGCUGGGAAAUGGAGUGGCUAAAAGAAGAAUCCCAGAAACUGGUUCAGUCUUACUCUUUGAGGAUCCCUCUCUACCCCCUGCUUCCCAUUUAUUAAGAAAGCCAUACAAUGCCUUUGGGGAGUGCAGACCCUAUGUCCUUCUCAGCCUUGCCCCUUAGGGCAGGAGAAUUUUCUAGAGUAGGCAAACGUGUGCUAAGGCCAAAGAGUUUUGCAAAGGGAUCUGUGUGUCCAUGCAGUUAAUAAAAUUCUUAAUCCUCUUGA